AUGGAGUCUUUGCCAUCUCAACAACCACAGCAAAUGAUCGAGAUCAGACAUGAUGAGCCACCAUUGAAUUAUGACCUCUCCCCAAGUAUGUACGAUGCUAGGACUCUAGAUUCUUCAGGAAACCUUGGGCAUGUAAAGCAAUCUCAACCAUUCGACCAACCAGGUGAAAGUAUCACCGCGCCCUUGUCACAAGAUUCUUUUGAAAUACCAAUUGAUAUGCAAACAACUAUUCUGAAAGACCUAUCGAAGAUAUGGCACGAUCCCGAGAAAGGCUCAAUCUGUGUUCAACUGAUAGAGAAUGCCAGAUGUCCACACCCAGCCUUGCUUGGGAGGCUUUCCGGGCCGGCACUGGCAAUUUUGGAUUGGAAUGAACAAAAGGCUGAAGAACACACGGGAACUGUACUCUGUGGGGACUACAGCAACAAAUGGCUCGAUGCUGGAGAAUACUUUGUGGAAAUCAUUGUUUUAUUUUGUGAAGACUUCGGAUUAGGAGCAAUGGAACGCACAGACAACGAAACAGCCUGGUUGGGGGCUGGAUUUGGAACCAAUUGUGUUGAAGAUGCAAUGCACAAUCGAAUCACGGCAAAAGAAGGUAACAAGAUCCAAAUCACGUCGUCAACGGAAGGCAAAGGAAGCUAUCAUCUCGGUCGCUGGGUUCGGAGGCAAGGAAUUCCGCUGCGGCCACUGUUUACGCGCUACCAACCGGUGAAAUGUUGUGUUCAAUCGGGAGGGUACAGACCUCUGAAUCCUCUCCCACAAUGGUGCGAGCCAUUGACAAAUCGAGAUAAGCCUGGUAACGCGACCAGAGGAUUAUGGAAAUUCAAAACCGGAACAGAGGUUGUUGGCUUGCCCGAGUACCAGUUUCAAUGGGGCAUGAACAUUUCGGAGAUUAGCCUCGUUAACAGACUCCGGAGACGCCUACAUGACAAAUCUCUCCCCAAAAUCUGUGCCGUCGGUGACUCGCAUAGUCGUUUGAUGGAAGAGAGGUCGCUCCCUCAGCUGAAUCUAACUGGAAUGUUUGAAUUUGUUCAGCAUUACUGGAUCGCCCCAAACAAGAUCGCGCCCAAAAUUUUCAACCGAAAGUGUGAUAAAGUCUUUAUUCAAAUUGGACAAUGGCCUCCAAGCUGGUACACCAAAGGCAAUCCGACUUCUUUUGCAAAAUAUUACAAGAAGAUGAAAGAGCACGUGCAAAAUACACUGAAGGUACUUGAAACUAAACCAGAUGCAAAGAUCUAUCUACCAACCAUCGAUCAGGGCCCGUUGACGGGGAGAGUGAAUGCUUGUAACGACUGGCGAAUUCCAACGGUUCUCGAUGCGUAUUCCUUUGUCAACCAAAUGAUCAAGCGAGAACUCAACACUAGCAAAGUUGAAUACAUCGACACUAACUUCAUCAUAUAUACACAUUGGGACGGUCAUCCCGAUUGGGCACAUCUGAUGGAGGAUAUGCUUCCAAGGCUUAGUUUCCUUCCAGCGUUGCUAUCGCUAUGCUCUUCGAGCACUCAUGCCUUCACACCUGCCCGAUUAGGUACGGUGACACGACCAAUCUGCACACAACUAUUCGACGCGACUUCGGUUUCCGAAGUUGCCUCCAUGCGAGCGGGAGAAAUCAAAGCCGAACUUGAGAGCUAUGGAAUCAGCACCGCCAGUUUUCUUGAGAAGUCAGAGUUAGUUGAUGCAUUAGAAAAAGCCCGAUUGGAAGGCUUGAAACCAAAGAAAAAGAAAAAAAGGAGGAACGAUGAUACCGGUGCUUCACCGUCGUCGUCGAGUGAGUCUGAUGACAGACCAAGAGAGGAAAGGCUAACAGAGGAGCUAGAGAAUUGUCGGCAGAUGAAGGCCAGCGAGCUGAAGAAAGAACUUGAGGAACGAGGUGUUUCCACUCGUUCAUUCUUCGAGAAGUCAGAGUUUGUUCAAGCUCUUGCAGCAGCGAGAGUCGAUGGAGUUGAGAAGAAAAACGAAGAAAGUUAUGCUGAGUACGCGGAUGUCGAGGUAUUGACAGAUGAUAACUCUGGACCGCGAACAAAACAAAGUCCACAAUCCCAGCAACAACAAGGUAGAAGCCCGUUUGGCGGGGCCAGCCCAUUUGGCGGAGCAGGAAUGGGAGGCAUGGGAGGAAUGGGUGGCAUCGCAGACAUGUUAAAGAACAUGGGAGGUGGUGCAGCUGGAGGUGGCGCAGCUGGAGCAAACCCUUUUGGUGGUAUGGGUGGAAUGGGCGGCAUGGGAGACGCUAUGGGAAAAGCUCAAGAGAUGAUGAAAAAUCCAAAGGUGAUGGAAAUCAUGGCCAAAGCCCAAAGUAAUCCAAAGAUCAUGAAGGCGAUGCAAGAGUGCAUGUCAAACCCUGCGGCCUUUGCCAAGUAUCAAAAUGAUCCAGAGGUCGGAGAACUCAUGCGAGAGUUGCAAAAGUACAUGUAA